CUGACUCAGUUCGUAGUAUUAUUGACUUACAGUUCGUAGUAAUUAGUCAACAACCGUUUAUGGAAACAUAUAUAUAUAUGAUAAAUAAUCAAAAUGUCGAAUUAUUCUUCGCUAUUUCGAGUACUUUUGCCAUCCCGGGUACAAACUAAAUUCGAGGAAAAAUACUUCCGCGUUUGCAGAUAUACUGACAUUAUGAUAUUUUGCCUCGUUCAAGGUGACGCUAUUAAAAACUCUUUCCCGAUUGAUACUAGAAAUUACGCGACCUUUGGGCACCUCAGAACAGCCAUAAAGGACGCGAAACAAAAUGCCUUCGUUGGUAUUGACGCAGACAGACUGACAUUAUGGAAGGUCGAUAUUAUUCAAACAAAGGAAAAUCAAGAAGUGAUCGUAAAAGAGCACAAAGGUGUAGAGUUGCAUUCAUUCGAAUCUGUUGGAAGUUAUUUUCAAGAAACACCCACUAGUACUAACAUCAGCAUCAUCGUGGAACCACCACCGCCCGCCAACACUGGUCUUAAACGGCCAAAUUCCGAAUCCCAUUUUCAAAACCGGAGGAUGCGUAAACUCGUGAAAACUGAAGGACCUGUAGAUAUCACAAAAAAUUUUUAUGUUCCAUUUGAUAUUCUGGAAUCAACCUAUAAGCUAGAGGAGGCCAUAAAUGAAAAGGUGUGCGUGCUCCUAGUGGGUCAUUUUCAAUCUGGAAAAUCAUCAACUCUACAUUAUUUGAGUGGCACCAAAGAGAAUUAUUUUUAUAUACAAGCUUCAAUGUUAGCAAACGGAUUCCUGAAUGGAUUGUGCGACCAACUUUCUUUGAAUUUAUGUAAUAACAUAAGUGAAUUCGAUCGUGAAAUCGUUCAAUUAUACAAGAAGCAGAUUGUAAUCAUGAUCGACGAAUUUGACCGAUUCUUACUUAAUCAAAACAAAAGCCCUGUGGAUACAAUUGAUCAGAUGAGAGAACUCAUCAAGCUUGUAAAUGAUAGGGGAGAAAGAGGAAUCAAAUCGGUCAUUUUUGCGGGCAGUUUUGCAAUUACUACAAUACUUGAAAAUGGAAGUCAUCAAGUUAAAAAAGUCAUUGAAAUAUCAUCACAGGAGUCAUCACAGGAAUUACCACAGGACAAUUUGUUAGACGAUAGCUUGUUGAGGAAACAGACUCAGUCCUGUCUUCAAAAGCCUGAAGGAGUUCCAUCACCAUUAAAUUCAGCAAAAAUUAUUGAGGCGUCAGAUUUUACCAAAGAACAGCAUAUACAAUUCUAUUAUGAUAUCCAAGAGAAUUUAAAUCUCCGUUUUAAUGAAAAGGUUGUGGAUGAUAUUUACAGCCUUACUAAUGGUUACGCUGGAUUAGAAGGGUUACUUGCAUCCCUGUGCAUUCAAUAUGGUAGCAAUGAGGAAACUCUUGAAUUUAAUGCAUGGAACGAUCUUUUCACAGAAUUCAUUCGUAAUCCCACAAAGAAAAAGAUUAGUGCGGUUAAACACAUUGAAAAAUACCUUUCUGAGCCAGUUAAUAGCAGUAAUAAUCACUUUAUCAAAGAUACAAAGAAACUUUUAGAGCGCUUUUUACGAAAGGGAACUCUGCAUUCAUCAGAAAUCAAUGACGAAGAUUUAGUUGCCAUUGUACACCUGCGUGCAAUUGGAAUCAUAAGGGAUAUGGGAAAUGAGAUUCUUGGAUUCACUUCUAACAUCAUUCUCGAUCUGUUGUCAGACAAUUAUUAUCCUGUUUUCAGACGAGAUGCUUUAGCAAGAAUUCCGCAUAUUAACUCUCCUCAAGACUUUUUAAGUAAGACAUUGGAUCUUUUUAAACACAUCCGUUAUAAUGAGAUUUUCGAUCCCUUGGCCGCGAAUCAACAUUCUUUUUCUGAAUCAACAAUCCAAGGAGAGCUUUAUGCUCUAUUACGUAUGGCUGUAUCAUAUCCAACAUAUAGGAUUUUUCGUGAAACUAGAACUUUAGAGAAAUCUGAAAAAAAAUGUAAUGUCUGGGUAUGUAAUAACAAGGAGUAUGGAAUUGAAUGCAAAGUUGACAAAGUUUCUGAAAAAGAGAUAAAAAAGGCGGCUGAACAGGCUAUUGAGUAUACAAAAGGGCAAGACAAAGUGUGCGGUAUGUUUGUCUUUAACUUUGUGCCAUCUGACAGUAAAGCCAACAAUUGUCAACUUUUUUUUCCGAAUGUAAUUAAGCCGAGGAAUGAUAUCUAUUUUGAAACAGUCCAUAUAUUAUAUUCUAAAACAUCUCGUAGUGCACAAAUCUUUCGUAAUAAUAUGGACAAAACUGAGAUUCCUUUCGCAUUGAGUUAAUCAAAUAAAAUACUGCUUAUUUUAUAAAAUGCUUAAAGGAAAUAUAUACUUUGAAUUAAAUAAAUAAAUGUUUGUAAUGCUUUCGAUCAUUUUAUUUUUCCGAUUCAUGCAUGCAAAACUUUAUUAAUAAUUUUU